CAGGUCCUCUAUGCAUGAUAGUUUUUGCAGUCAUCACCCUUGUUUCAACAAACCUUCUUUGUGACUGCUAUAGAUUUCCUGAUCCUGAACAUGGCCCCACCAGAAACAGGUCCUACUUGGAAGCUGUGAAGUUGUAUUUGGUUGAUAGGUGGGACCUGUGAUACUAUGGUUCAAGUCCCACUUCCUUCAUUCUCAUCAUUGUAAGCCACAAGCAGAGAUCAUGGAUCCCAUCUCGAUAGCUGUGCCGAGUUGGCUAUGCAUCUAUCUAAAGCUUAUCUGCACUUGAAGAUGGAAUAUAUUAGUUUGCUUAUAUGAAAGUAUUCACUGUCUUCGUCUCCGUCCUUCAAUCAAACACGUUUUUGUCCUCUGCUCCAUUUAUAGUUUGUCGUGUUAUGUUGGCUAUAGUACAGAGAAGGAGAGAGAAGCCAAUUAGUGUGUGGAAUAUUUGCAGAGGAAAGCUUAUAUGGAUGUGGAAUUGCCUAUACCAUUACUUCUGCUAGUAGCAUAAGGUUGUAGAAAACUUCUAGCGAACAUAAUUUCCUGCCGUGAAUUGAAUAAUCAUGGCAGUCCAACAUCCUCUUGAACUUGCAAAUGGUUGCUGUGAUGAUGACGGGCAUCCAUUAAGAACUGGAACCUUAUGGAGUUGCGUUGCACAUAUUAUUACCGCUGUUAUCAGCUCUGGAGUCCUGUCCUUGGCUUGGAGUACAGCACAGCUAGGUUGGAUAGCAGGGCCAGUGUCCUUUCUUUGCUUUGCGAUUGUCACCUACGUUUCUGCAUUCCUCCUUUCCAAUUGCUAUAGGUCCCCUGACCCAGUAACCGGAACACGAAACUACUCUUACAUGCAUGCUGUUAGAGUAUAUCUUGGUAAAACACAGACAUGGGUUUGUGGUUUGCUUCAAUAUCUGAGCUUGUAUGGGACUGGUGUUGCUUGUGUUAUUACUACUUCAACUAGCAUGAGAGCAAUUCAAAGAUCAAAUUGUUACCAUAGAGAAGGGCAUAAAGCUUCAUGUGAAUAUGGUGAUACCAUCUACAUGCUGCUAUUCGGAGCUGUUCAGAUAGUAAUGUCACAGAUACCAGAUUUUCAUAACAUGGGGUGGCUCUCUGUAAUUGCAGCAAUCAUGUCCUUUACCUACUCUUUUAUCGGAUUUGGACUUGGUGUUGCAAAAGUAAUAGAAAAUGGGAGGGUUAAGGGGAGCAUUACUGGAGUCUCAGCUGCCACUACUGUCAAUAAGUUAUGGCUAGCCUUCGAAGCACUAGGGGACAUUGCUUUUGCCUAUCCAUACUCGAUCAUUCUGCUUGAGAUACAGGAUACUUUGAAGUCACCUCCACCAGAGAACAAGACCAUGAAGAAGGCCUCGAUGAUUUCAAUAUUUAUCACAACUUUCUUUUACCUAUGUUGUGGAUGCUUUGGAUAUGCAGCCUUCGGCAAUGAUACACCUGGAAAUCUCUUGACAGGGUUUGGGUUCUUCGAGCCCUAUUGGCUCAUCGAUUUGGCAAAUGCUUGCGUUGUUCUUCAUUUGGUAGGAGGAUAUCAGAUAUAUAGUCAGCCUGUGUUUGCAUUUAUUGAAAGCUGGUUCAGUAGGAAAUUUCCAAGUAGUGGUUUUGUGAAUAACUUUCACACCUUGAAACUUCCAUUAUUUCCUCCUCUUCAUAUCAAUCUUUGCCGGCUAUGUUUCCGAACUGCAUAUGUUGCGUCAACCACUGCCAUUGCAAUGGUCUUCCCAUACUUCAACCAAGUUUUGGGAGUGCUAGGAGCCCUGAACUUUUGGCCUCUGGCUAUAUAUUUUCCCGUGGAAAUGUACUUCGUGCAGAAGAAAAUAGGUGCUUGGACAAGAAAAUGGAUUGUUCUUAGAACAUUUAGCUUUUUUUGCUUGCUUGUAACAAUAGUGGGCUUAAUUGGGUCAAUUGAGGGAAUUAUAAGUGCUAAACUUGGCUGAGAGCCUCUCUUACUGAGAGCCUCUCUUACUGAGUUAUUUCUGCCAAUUGACUACAGCAAUCAUAUAUUAUGUUGGAAGACGAGAUUAUUAUGCCUCA